AGGUCUACGCCAUUUUUCCUCUCUAAAAUGCUCUUCUGAUCCUGAAACCUUUUUUAUCUUGUCGAUCUCUCGUUCUUCGUCGAGUGCCUCUGUACAGCCUGAUCCACUUGACAAUCCUCUGGCAAUACUCCCUUUUAUUCUCCCCUCAUAUAAUCCAAUAGCCUAUUUGGCGAAAGAAGCAACGAGAAAGGGCAAAGAACAAGGCUGAGUUAUUCCGGAAUACAUUAACUCCAAUGAUUAUCAUUUCCCCGUGAAGAUGGCUGCCGUGCUUCACGCCUCACAGGAGAGGCACACGCAACUUUCCCCCGAUCCUCUACGGUGCCCUAUCGCUCAAAGAUACUUCUUGGAAGACUCGGAUGUGAUCACAGUAAAGUCGCCCGCCAAUGAUUACCACCCAAGAGAUUGUCCGAGCCCAAUUGUAUCCUCGGCGCUUUCUCCAUUUCCUCAUUCUCCCGAUUUCGUCGGAACGGCUCCUGGUCAUCUACCAACUCCUGCAACCCUUAGUAGUCUAUCAUUCUGUGUACGUGAUGGGCAGGAUGAAGAAGAAGAUGAUGAUGAUGAUGAUGAAGGAGAAGAUGGCGUUGAUGAGAUAAUACUGCCCUCAUAUGACGCAGGCCCAGGCGUCCCGAAGUUACCUGAAGCUCCUAGCGAAGCCUCGACAGAGUCAUCAAUGGACCUCCACCGUGUAAACUUGCCGAGACCGGCCGACGACAGUUCGAUUGAAGAAGAGCCAUCGAGACAUGUUGAUUACCUCGCCCAUGAGUGGAAGGAGGAGGAUAUAUGGGCCUCUUGGCGAUAUGUGGUUGCUCGACGAGAAAUAUACGAUCAUGGCGUGAGGCUAGAGAAUGCGUCAUGGAGGACUUGGGCAAAGCUGAAGCUUAACCGGGGAACAGUAUCGCCGGAAACCCUCAACUGGCUAAAGGACUACGACGUGACCUGGUUGUAUGGCCCGUUAAAGUCGUGUAGGAAGCGCAAGACUGUCUCCAACGUCUCGCCACCCCCAAGCCGCCUUGAAACGCCUACGGAUAGAAAGCCGAUACUCAAGAAGAGGACGGCUUCUGAAACAAUACUGCAGCGUUCCUUGUCGCAGCAUACUCUCCUACAGCAUGCGGGCGCCAUUUUGAAGGCACAGGAAGCGGAGGUCAGCCGGAAUCGACCGUCCUUUUAUCGUUAUUCGUCAAACCUGGGACAAUCAUUCAGUCAGUCUUCUGAGGCUUAUUCGCGAACAUCCUGCACUGCCACGCCAAUCAACGGCUCCUCGGGAACAGGCUCACCCUGCGAAAAGCGUCAUAUCCAUUUCAACAACGAAGUAGUGCAGUGUAUUGCAGUGGAGGCAAAAGACGAUUAUGAUGACGAUUGGCCCGCAAUGAACGACGACUCAUCUUCGGAGGAUGGCGUUGUUAUGAUGAGACACGGCUCAUGGCAAACAUUGACAAGCGAGAGGAGUACUACUCCGCGAAGCAGCUUUAGCAGUGACAACAGGACCAUUGCACCACUCCCAUCUACCACACUGAAGUAUCGGGGAGACACUCCGGAGCCACCGGUGAAUUCAAUACUCAAUCGAUGGUCCGGUUACUUUUCAUCGUACUCCACUUCUCCCUCUGUUGAGACAAGUCAAGCCUCAGAGCCGGCGGCGAACUUCUUUCUGGACGAAGCGGACAACGAUCUAGAUUUCAAUUGGGAGCCGACUCAAAGAUUACACGAUUCGACGAAUUGUAGUCGACCAUGGUUUGUUAACCCUGAGGACGAUGCGGAACUUGACCGACAUUGUCUUUCAUCUUCGGGAGUUUCAUACGAUGACGUGGAACCCGCCAAUGCUAGUAUUUUUGAUCGAGUGGUUGAUACUGUCAACACCGCUAAAGACAUCGCGCAUGUAAUAUGGAAUGUGGGCUGGCGGCGAUAAUUGGCCUUAUACCUGCCAACUCCAGGAGAACGACGAUCAUUUGACGCUGACGUCCUCUCCUACGCGGGAUAUUUCUUUUGCUUUCUCUCUCUUUUACAUGGACUUCGGAUGGCUAGGCUGGUAUCCUAUGGCUAUUUCGGGGAUGCGAUACACUGGCUGUUGGCGUUUACAGCGAUUUUCUU